GAUUACUUAUCUGACGCAAAAUUUCGCCUUUUGUGUGUUGUCGUUUUGUGAUAUUCAAGUGUACUGUGAUGAUUUUUCUCAAUAAAUAAUAGUUAUUAUAAUAAUAUUGUAACAGAAACAUUAUCGUAAUCAUGAGUGGUUUUUUAUCUAAUUUUAAGGAUGUGUAGUUCAACGUUAAAAUGUUGGUGUUAGGCCGGCAAAGCUAGUCAUGCAAUGAUGUCUCAUGAGUGAGUAGUAAAAAUUGUAUUUUAUUUCUUGGUGGGCUUAUAUUUGAUUUCCUAGUUAUUUAAUCGGCAAAAUGGAUUUUUAAUUAAAAUGACAAUUCGUUACAACUUGAUAAUAGCGAGAUCAUCAAAUGGUAGAGUUUUUAUUUUAAGGUCAACCGGUUGUCAAAUAGAUAAUCGAUUAGUUUCGGUCCAACGCUUUCUAUCGAUCUGAAAAGAAAUUCACAAUCUGAUAGGAACUGUGGUUUGGGGUAUGUUAGUUAUUUUUGCAUGACCCUUGCACCUGUUGGAAUUUGCUACUUGAUACCAGUCUUAGUUUUUGUAAGGAUUCUUAUUUUACUAUCAAUUUAUUUACUUAUACAAAUUUUAAGAUCUGUAUAUAACUCAAGGUUACUUCCUGUUUUUAAUGUUUCAGGAUUCAAUUUGUUCGUGGGAAAAUUAAAUCAAUUGUGAGCUAUUUAUUUAUAUUUAUAUACACGAUUCUUAUUUGCUUAAAAAUUGUUUCUUUUUGCACAACAAAUUGUUUAUUUUUUAGAGAUGAGUAUAAGACAACAUCUUUUUUUAUGGAUGCAUUGACACCAGAUAUUAGAAUAUCAAAGUCUGGUCGGAGUUUUUCUCCUGUACAAAAUCCAAUGCCUAAAAUGGCUAAUAAACCGUGGAAUGCUGCCACGUAUGUAUUCAUUUUUGAGAAUAAUAAUAUGACUACCUAUCAUUAAUUCAUAAAAAAAAUGAAAAUGUAUUAAUACAGGUCUUGUUUUAAAUGAAGUAUAAUUUUUUAGUGUAAUAUGUCUAAAACAAGGUUUAAUUAAUUUCAAAAUUAAAAAUAUAAUAAAAUUAAUUUAAAAUAAAACUGUAUUGUAUUUUAAUACCUACAAUUAGUUUGCCUUUAUUUAUUAAUGAAAUAAUCUCUUAUCUAUAUGUUAAUUAUGCUAUAAAAAUUCCAUUGGUAUAUUGAUACCUAUUAUCCAGCAACUUUGAUCCCAUGUAAUCAGUGUAUAUUUGUUUUUAGAUAAAUAUUAGUAUUAUAUUACAUAUUAUAGUUUCUGUCAGUUGCACAUUAUAUUGUGUAUUAUUGAAUUUGUUAUGAUUUAUAAUUUUGCAUUAAAUAGUAUUUUAUAAAUUUAAAUAACAUAUGAUUAAUAAUUUCAAUUUUAAAUUAGAUUCUUAAUAUUUUAUAUUUUUUUUAUAAAUUUAUCUAAUUGUAUUGUGUUUAAUUUAUAAUAUUAAAUUUUAUAUUUUACUCUAAAUGAUAAUUUUAUUUUAAAAAAUUGUUCGCUUUAAUGUUCAUUAAGUGCAUAAAAUUAAUAGUUUAGUUUAUAUUAAUCAUUUUCACAAACAAUAUUAUUAUUAUUUUUAAUUUGUAAAAUAAUAAACCUAAAUUUACGUUACAUAAAAAUGUAAUAAUACAUUUAAUUUUUUGUGCAAAUUAGGAUUAAUAAAUUGUGUUAACAUUUUUGUAGUUAAUUUGUUAUAAAGUUACCUUAGAACUUUUUGUUAGAUCUAAUUUUUUUUUAAACUACAUUUAAAUAAUAUUUUAAAGUAUUUUUGCUAAUUUCAUAUUUAAUAAAAUAUUAUGUUUGAUAGAUUAUGCAUAAUAUCUUUUAUUUAAAAAUAUUUUAAUUCUUUCAAAAAAUGGUGUUAUAUGUUUACAAUUAUAAACAAUAUAUUUUAAUUAGUUUUUCUGCUGAUGAAAUUGCAAUGAGUCGAUGUAAAUCCCCUGUGGGGUCAUCUUGCAGUACACGAGUUGUCCGCCAUGAACGGGGAGGAUCUGCAGAUACUGGACUUAUAAGACCAGAUAAUUUAUCAAGUUAUGCAUCCAGCGAAGAACCCAAUCCAUCUGGAAAUAAUGAAGAUGACACUGUAUGUAAAAUAUUUAUUAUUUUAUACAUAAUAUUAUUAUUAGGUAUUUAAUAAUUUUAGGAGAUAUUUUAUUCUUAUGGUCCAUACAAUAAUGCUGAAUUAGCUGAUGAUUCUGAUGGUACAAAAAAAAAAGUUGCAAUGGAUCAUAUCCGAUCUAAAAUUGGACGCACAAAGGAGUCGAUACGAAGUGAACAAACAGCAAGAGAUGGUAUAUUUCAGACUUGCUAUUAUUCAAUUUUAUGAUUUUUAAUAUUAUUUUGAAUAUUUGUUUAUAGAUAAUGUUAAUGAAUAUUUAAAAUUAGCAUCAAAUGCAGAUAAACAACAAUUAGCUCGUAUAAAAUCAAUUUUUGAAAAGAAAAAUCAGAAAUCAUCUGUUACUAUCUCACAAUUGCAAAAAAAACUUGAGGGUUAUAAUAAGCGGUUAAAAGACUUAGAAACACAUGGGUUCACAACAUCACAUCAUUUAAAACAACCAAAAGAAAUGUUACGGGAUGUUGGACAUGGUUUAAGGUAAAUUGUUAAUGCUGAAUUAUUCAAGGUGAUUUAAUGCGAAACACUCAUGAGAGUGUUUCUCCCAGCUUACACAAUUAAUGAUAAUAUUUUUUAACCAUAGGCAUGUUGGUGGUAACAUUAGAGAUGGAAUUUCUGGUUUAUCUGGGUAAUUAUAAAUAUAUUUAUUUAAUUGAUUUUAUCAGUAUUAUUUAACUUUUAUUGAUGAUAAAAAAUUUAAAAAAAAGUCCGCAUAGGGUAUUAGUUUAACUUUUAAUACUUAUAUGAUAUUUAUUCUAUAAUUAAUUAUACUUAUGAAAAAUCAAAUUGGUACAUAUUUAUAAUGCAUGUUUAUUAACUUUCAUUUUUGUCUUGGUUUUUGUUAAAUUUAUAAUUAUAUUAAGAUUUUUCCUUUGUAAUAAAUAUCAUUAUUUUAGUAUGUAUUAUAUUGUUUAUCAUUUUACACCUUAAUAAUAUUGAGAUAAUAUUUUAAUAUCAAAAUAAUAUAAUAAUAUAAAUGACUAGGGUAUGAUUUUGGAUAGAUCACAAUAAGCUAAUUAGUAUUCAACUACUAUAGUGUUUCUCUAAUUAUUUUUAUACUUAUUUUUUACUAGAAAUGUAUAAUAUUUCAGAUAAAAAUUUAAAUUUAAAGUAAAAACCAUUUUUAUUUUUAUAAUUUAUUUGUUAUCAGAAUAAUAUGCAUUGUAUUAAGGAGUAGUAGUAGCACUUUAUUUAUUUAAAAUAAUUGGUAAAUAACCUAACACAAAUAUAUACAUACAUGCAUACAUACAAACAUACAUACAGAUAUAUAAAUAUUAUUAUUGUAAACCAAUUAUAGUAUUAUUUGUUUAAAUUAAUAUCUGUAGACUACUAAAACAAUUAAAUAUAUUAUAAUAGCAUGACGAUUGUCUUACUUAUUUAAGUCCUUCUAAUAAAAAAUUAAUUUUCAGUGACACACUAUAAUAUCAUUAUAAUUGUUCUUAAAUUUUAGUCAGUUGUAAAUUGUCAAGAUUUUAAUAUAAAUGUAAAUUAAAUAUUUUUUUUUAUUUUGUCCUUCUAAAUUUUAUUAGAUUUCUUAGAAUUAAAUUAAUUUUUUUUUUUUACAAUUUAGUAAUAAUAAUUAGGUUAUUAAUUUUUUUUUGUUAACAUAAAACAUACAUUAUAUAAUUUUGAGUUAUUUUUAGUAUGUAUUAUUUAAGUACUAUUAUAAAUUACUGUUAUUUUAACAAACAUGUGUUUAAUAUAUAUUUUGCAUUUAAAUUUUUGUGUUACUAAUUUUUAGUUUCUAAUAUGUGUUUUAUAUUUAGAUCAGUUAUGUCGAAACCACGAGAAUUUGCUCAUCUCAUUCGCAAUAAAUUUGGUAGUGCUGAUAAUAUCAAUUCAAUAUCAAGUUAAUAUUUAUUAUUAUUAUUAUUUUUUAUUUAUGAAUUAAAUUAUAAAUUGUUAUUAAUCAAUUAAUUUAGGAUCUAGUGAAGUUGAUUUAACUGAAGAAAACAGUGAUCAACAAAGUGGCCGUAAUCAUCAUGGUAGUGCUACUUUGCCUGGUGGUGUUGGUCUUCAUGCAACUGGUGGCCCUGCUGUAUCUCGUAGUGAAGAUGGUGCUUCAGAAUGCAGGUAAUUAUUGUUUUUCAGUGGUUAUCCUUAUCAACUGAAGAUUAAAAAAAAAUUAAUAAAAUUAUAUUUCAUGGAAAUUUUUGUGUGAGCUGUAUAUAUUUAUUCUAUAGACUAUAUUUUAUAGUCUAUAGACUAUUAUUAAAAAGAUAAAUGUAAUAAAUUUAUAUUGAAUGUUGGAUUUUAGUUCUGUGACUAGUGAAUCAAUUCCUCCGCGAACAGGGCCUGGAGCUCCUCCACCUCCUGCAUCUGCAACAACUUCUUUGGAACCAGUUUGGUCCGAGUUGGAUCAUUUACGCUCAAAAAUGGAACACAUUAAACAGUGUGUAAAUAAAGAUAUUGCAUCUUUAAAUCAUUCUCUUCAGGAAGAGCGUUUUCGAACUGAGCGGCUUGAAGAGCAAAUAAAUGAUCUCACUGAACUACAUCAGAAUGAAGUGGAAAAUCUUAAACAAACCAUCACAGAUAUGGAAGAAAAAGUUCAAUACCAGAGUGAAGAGAGACUUCGUGAUAUUCAUGAAAUGCUUGAAGCGUGUCAAACAAAAAUGUCCAAAAUGGAACAUCAGCAGGCACAGCACCAACAAUACGUUACUUUAGAAGGUUUGGAUAAUUCGAAUGCGCGUGCAUUAGUAGUGAAAUUAAUUAAUGUCCUACUAACUGUACUCCAGGUAGUGUUACUUUUAGUCGCCACAUUUGCUGGUAUUCUGAUGCCAUUUUUAAGAACUCGUUUAAGAAUUAUUACUACAACUGCUGUUGUUGCUGGGUUAUUCAUUGCAGUAAAACAGUGGCCAGACAGUGUCAGUCUAAGUGAUUAUCUCAUUAAACAUGGCAAACAAGCUCUGUUAUCUGUUAAAUAGUUCCAUUUUUGUAUUUAUUGCAACAAAAUAUCGAUCCAUUAAGUAUUGGAUUGAAAUAAUUUGUUCAUUUUUAAGGCCAAUUACCAUGACAAAUAAAAAAUAAUAUCGUGACAGUAUUAGGGAAAAAAUAUUGAGCAUAUCGUCUUUACUUUAUUAAAUUAUUCUACUAGACAAUAUAAUUAGUAUACAACUUACUUUAUCUCUUUUACCCUGCCAUGACUAUUGUUUUUAUUAAAAUAAUAUAAUCGUCUUUUUUAUAUAAAUUAUAUACCCUUUACAUAAAAUAUAUUAUUGUUUAAUUUAUUUUAUAAUUGAUCGGCAAUGAGGGUCAUUGGUACCUGUGGUGAUAGUGAAGACAACGAAAUGGUAGCACUGAACUUUAUUGUAAGUCAUAAUGAUAAUUUUUUUUAUUAUAGCAUAUUUUUUUAUUUACUUUUAUAUCUAUUAUAAUAUUAUUUUGCUUGAUCCUCCUCCCCCUCUCCAUGAAAUUGUGUAGCUUAGAAAGCCUUGUGAUUUUUAAUAUUAUUAAUUUUUUUGUAUAUACUCAUAAAUUAAAUGAUGUGUAAUGUAUAGAAAAUGUAUGCCUUUUGCGAUCCAAAUUUUUAGUAUUUUUUCUAAUGUGUAACAUAUAGUAUUACACUUAAUAAAUAAACUAUAAUCAAUACAUUUUUUCAAACUUUAUGUUGAAAUAUAUAUACAUUAAAUAUACAUACUUAUAUUUAUUAAUAUGUAGUAUUGUGUACAUCCUAUACUAAUGUAAUUAUUUACUACUUUGCUAUAUUUCAUUUAUUAUUAUGAUUUUACUUUAAAUUGUGUUAAAUUCUAUUAGACAAUUUGUUUAAUUAUUGGUUUUAAUACUGAAACAAAAAUUAAUUUUAUGUUAAAAAGAUAUUUGGUAUUAUUCUUUCAAUAUCAGAUGACAAUUUUACAUAAUUUGGUAAUGACUUAUGAUUUGUUUAAUGUCAACAUAAUUUUCAUAUUGUUCAAUUUGUAUGCCUUACUUACAUAUUUUUAUUUAUUUAUUACUACUCAAUUUCAAAUGAUUUUUAUUAUUAUUAUUAUUACUUUUUUUUUUAAUUUAAUAAUAUUAAGAUAUGUGUAUAUUUAACAUAGUAUACUAGAUUAGUAAAUAAUGCUUCAACAUAUUUUAAACUUAAAAUUAGUUUCUGUUAUCCAUAUGCCAGUAUGACAGUAUUUAAAAAACUAAUUACUGUAAUAUUAAUGAAAAAUCGGUCGGUUUGAUAAAUCAAAUAUUCAAUUGCAUUUUUAUAAAUAAUAUCGCAUAUUUAAAUUUACCCGAAUUCUAUUAUUUAUUUUUUCAAUAUUUUUAUAUAUUCUCCCGUCCAAUGCUUUUUUUUUUAAGUCUGAAAUAUGUUUAAGCACUAUGCAAAUAUAUAUUUCUGUAUUCCUUGUCAAAUUGUCAUAUUUUUCUAUAUUGACUUGGAAUUUAUCCUCUAUUGGUAAGUUUGUGUUCUUUAAUUUUUUAACUUUUUCAGUAAAAACAUAAAAUGAAGUAAAUUUAAUAAUGUUACCUCAUACCUACCUAAUUAAUACCUUUUGUAAAAUAAUUCAAUAUUUCUGGUUCAAUGUUAAUUUGUUAUGUCCAUUAUAAACUUGUGAAAGCUACUUGAAAUUAUUACUGUAAGAUCUGAUUAUUGAUGUUUAAUUAAUGUAUUUAUUAAACAUUUUCAGUUAAGAAAUUGUAUUAAGUAAUAAUUUGUUUGUUUUUGCCUUAUUAGAACAUAUUUCAAUUUUAUAAAUCAUCGUGUACUAAACAAUGAAUCGAAACUGUUAAAGCAAAAUGUGGUGUUAUUCCUUGUUUUAGAAAUUUCUUGUAAUAAAAUAAUAUGAAACAAAUUUUAAUGAAGUGUUAUAAUAAUAAUUUUCUAAUACUUUGAAUUCACUGUUCUAGAACAU